AUGCCAUCACUCUUGUCUGGUGAAUCCGAUGGCAUGUUGCGAGAACAUCUCCUGGACGUGGAAGCUCUCUCUGUUCAAGAACCAAAGAUACGUGUUCAAGACCUGACCAGACUCUCCGAUGACGGAUCUCUGAUUCUGAAAGGUGUCUCCAUGGAUAUCCCCAAAGGGAUGAUCGUUGGUGUGAUCGGUCCAAGUGGUAGUGGAAAGUCAACGUUUUUAAGAUCUCUUAACCGUCUCUGGGAGCCUCCGGCAACAACCGUUUUCUUGGACGGCGUAGACAUUACAAGCAUCGACGUCAUCACUCUCCGCCGUAGAGUCGGUAUGCUUUUCCAGCUCCCCGUUCUCUUUGAAGGGACUGUUGCGGAUAAUGUGAGAUAUGGUCCGGACUUGAGAGGGCAUAAGCUAAGUGACGAGGAAGUUUACAAGCUUUUGAGUUUUGCGGAUCUUGAUGCUUCUUUAGCCAAGAAGACUGGUUCUGAGUUAUCUGUUGGUCAAGCGCAACGAGUAGCACUUGCAAGGACACUAGCUAACGAGCCUGAGAGAAUAUUGAGGAUGUUAUAG